UUGAACACCAGAGAAGAAGAAAACGGAGUCUCCCCAGGCGGUAGGAGCCAACUGAUGCCAGCAUCGUAACAAAGGAAAAUAACGAAUAAUAUCAUACACCUGCAGAAUUGUGAGAGAUCUGACCUUAUCUUAUCAGUAACACCAGAGUUCAUCACCACCAGACCAGCUGAGACAGGACAGCAGAUCAGACCAGUCAUGGCCGCCAGAUCUCAUAAGCCUGCAGCUCCUGCUGAGGGCUCCUUAGAGGCCAAAAGGACUGACCUCAGGGUCAAUGAGAAGAAGUGCUCAUGGGCCUCCUACAUGACCAAUUCUCCAACAGUCAUAGUGAUGAUUGGAUUGCCUGCUAGGGGGAAAACCUACAUGUCCAAGAAGCUGACCCGCUACCUCAACUGGAUCGGAGUGCCAACUAAAGUGUUUAACCUUGGAGUUUAUAGGAGAGAAGCAGUGAAGUCAUACAAGUCUUACGAGUUCUUCAGACAUGACAAUAAAGAAGCCAUGGAAAUAAGAAAACAGUGUGCUCUGGUGGCACUGCAGGAUGUCAAGGCCUACCUUAGUGACGAGGGAGGCCAGAUUGCUGUUUUUGAUGCCACAAACACCACCAGAGAGAGGAGGGAACUCAUCCUUAAUUUUGCCAAAGAUAAUGCAUACAAGGUGUUUUUUGUGGAAUCAAUAUGUGAUGAUCCAGAUGUUAUUGCCACAAAUAUCCUGGACGUGAAGGUGUCGAGCCCAGAUUAUCCUGAGCGGGACAGAGAAAGUGUGAUGGAGGAUUUUCUGAAGAGAAUAGAGUGCUAUAAAGUGACAUACCAACCUUUAGAUCCAGAUGACCAUGACAAGAAUCUGUCCUUCAUCCAGGUCAUCAAUGUGGGCCGUCGUUUCUUGGUCAACAGGGUUCAGGACUACAUCCAGAGUAAGAUCGUGUACUACCUCAUGAACAUCCACGUCCACUCCCACUCCAUCUACCUCUGUCGGCACGGGGAGAGCCAUCACAAUAUAGAGGCUCGCAUCGGAGGAGACUCUGAACUCUCUGAGAGAGGGAAACAGUUUGCAGCAGCUCUGAAGGGUUUCGUGGUGGAGCACCGUCUGUCAGACCUCAAAGUUUGGACGAGCCAGCUGAGACGAACCAUCCAGACAGCAGAGGAGCUGGGAGUCCCGUACGAGCAGUGGAAGAUCCUCAAUGAAAUAGAUGCUGGAGUGUGUGAAGAGAUGACCUAUAAGCAGAUUGAAGAAAUUUACCCUGAGGAAUUUGCCAUGAGGGACCAGGACAAGUACCACUACCGCUACCCUGGAGGAGAGUCCUACCAGGACCUGGUUCAGCGGUUGGAGCCAGUCAUCAUGGAGCUAGAGCGACAGGGAAAUGUCCUGGUUAUCUGCCAUCAGGCUGUUAUGCGCUGUCUACUUGCGUAUUUCCUGGACAAGAGUGCAGAUGAUCUGCCUUACUUGAAGUGCCCCCUGCACGCUGUCCUAAAACUCACCCCUGUGGCUUAUGGCUGUAAAGUAGACAUGUUUGACCUGAAGGUGGAGGCUGUCAACACUCACAGAGACAGACCAAUUAAAAACGUCCGAGCAGACAACAUGCCACCAGGUUUUCACAGACGGAACAGCUUCACGCCGCUGUCUAGCCAGGACCAGGUUAAACGGCCCCGUCUGUACAGCGCAGGAAACCCUCAGCAGGGUCGUACAUCCCAGGCUCCAAAUUUACCCAGCAUGCAAUGCUCUGAGGCAUUUGAGGGGGCAGAGCUGCUGCAAAGUGAGUUUCAGCAGAUGGCUGUUCAGCAUGAGUCUGGUUCUGCUUGAGGUUUCAGCCCGCUAAAGGGAAGUUUUUUUCUUGCAAUUGUAACUUUACUAAGUGUUGCUUAGUACUGAGCACAUGGUGGAUUAACGUUGAGUCUUUCUUUAUAAAUAAUACAGCAGAGAGCACGGUGUCUUUAAAGUGGUUACAAAUUGGUGCCAUACAAAUAAAGAUUGAUUGAGUAACAGGCAAUGUUUACACCACACUUCUUUCAGUCAAUAUGAAAACCCUCAAAGUGGUGGAGCUUCAUUGCUUCACUUCAAGCGUCAUUGUAGCAAACAGCUAUAAUACACCCACUUGAAGUAGGGAUGAGUAUUGAAAACUGGUACCAAAUUACAACACAGAUUUUGGUGCUUUAUUUUGGUAACCCUACAUGCUGACACAACCCCCACCACUCCAAAUGAAUAAAUACAGGAUGAGAUGAACAGAAGAUCCAUGAGGAUCUGGAUUAGAUGCUGAUGAAGUGAAUGGAGGUAGCUGGGGUGAAGGAGGGUUGCAGCAUUCACACUGAAACAACAGACUGAUUGGGGAAGAGAGGACGAAAGAUUUAAAAGAUGAUAGGUGCAUGGUCAAAUGAGGAUGUGGCAGAAUCUGAGGAGUUUAGGAGAGUGAACGCCCAUAAUGAGCUGAUCACAAGAGCAGGAAGAUAAAAAGAAUGAAAGAAGGGAGAGGUUUGAACAAGUGGUGAAAAAUGAAUGAGUAAAAACAGUCGUCCUGCUUCCACUGAGUUCCAUGUUUGCAAAGUUGUGUCUGCAGACUUUUUUCCACUGAAAGGCUACAAACAAAUGCAAACCAAUUAACUAUUUUUAAAUCAUACGAAAAACUGCAAAAUGUAGUGAUGAAAAUAAGGAUAUCAGGGAAAUAUUAAACAAAGGGAUGCACUCCAAGAAUAAAAAACAGGAAAACUUAGGAAGAAUUAAGGCAAGUAACCUGAAAAUAAAGAAGAGAAAUCUGAUCAGCCGUCUGGAGGGGAAUUAUCUUAUAUCACACAUUUGAUUAUUUGUUGGUUCAGCUGUCAUCAACUUACAAAAGCCUCAUCAGUGUUGUUUCAUGUUUUCCAUUUUUGUUAUGUAAGUGUUUGAAACAAACAAAUGAGCCCUUCACAAGCCUCUUUGACACAGGACAUAAAUCUCAUAGCUUUUUUCCAAUGUUAUGUAGCCUAUGUGUUUGCCCACAAAGUGACCAUUAUUAAAUUCAAUGUACUUCAAAGUCUGGAGGGAAAACUGACAGGGUGUGCUUCACUCUGCUUGGUGAUCUCAGAUUUUAGUAUUAGCUUGAGUUCAGUCAGUGCCAGUCCAAACAAACUUCCCAUUCCUCUUUUGGUCCGAUGUUUUCGUUAAUGCCGUCUACUUUC